CUUCACCGCCGGCCGCAUAUGAUCGAUUGUCAAAGCGGACCCUUCCUAGCAUACAUCGGCCUGACUGCUGCCCGUCCAGCGACGUUCGGGAUCUCACCCCUUCCCAAGAAAGCCCUGGGCUGGUCUCAGCUAGCCCGGGCACCUGUCGCGUGCGCACUCCUUGACCUUCCGAGGUGGUAACGCUAGGGCCACCACCUCCUUCAUCAGGCCGACCGAAAGCAACACAAUGCUCUACUCUGGCGAUUAGCCCCGAAGAUCCAUUGCUUGCGCGAGCUAGACACUGAGCUCGACUGGCCUGACCCUAGGCGCCCUCCGCAAGCUCGCGAUCUCACGCGAUUGCACCCCUUGGCUCGGACCCCUUGUCCCUGUCAAGUCCUCGUCCUCAUCCUCGCGAAGGUCCUUGUUCGCGCUGCCAAUUGUGACAUCACUGGCCAAAGUGCGGCACCCUGUCGCCAGUCUCAUCACCCAGACAUUAGUAGACUAGCAUAUAUACCGCUGAUAUGGCCCAGUACUCCGUCUUCGGGCCUCGCACCUUUGGUUCUCCCUCCGUCGACGACUUCCUCUCUCCUCAAUCUGGUGAAGAAGGCAGUAACUUCGAAACAGACUACACCAUGGACUCUUCUGCAGAUUCUGCAGUGACACGAGGAGGGCGCACUGGCAGCAUCAUGCAGAAACCGACUGUUUCGCCUGCCAAGUCAAAUGCGAAUCAGCAAAUCCUGGACGGCGCAGUCGAGGAGGAGCGGGUCAGGGAUGCAUCGCUGCUCAUCCUGCCGCUCCUGCUGGCCAAUCCACCCAUGCUGCCAAGUCAUUUGAAGAGCGCCGAGGUACGGCAACGCCACCAAAUGCUCUCCAUCAGCCCAAAUGACGUCGACGACUAUCUAGUCACUUCAUUUCCCUCAGCGCCCGAGGACCUCAAGUCUGAAGUGAUCGCCGGCCUCGACCAGCUGAAGAACAGCGUCGAGCAGCUCGCCGGCAUCCUCGCGACAGACACCGAUGCUAUGGAGCACAUCGUACGAAAAGUGCGCUGGGCGAGCCCGGAACCUGGCAACAUUCAAGCCAACAUCUUCCUGGGCGAUGAUGCAGCCGACACAGACGCGCAAGAUGGUGGAGGUGGUGGUGCUCUCUGCCUCAUACUCAAGCAUGAGGAGGACACCGGUGGUGGGCGACGCGCAAAUCGAGAACCUUGGCGCUUCCACAACCUCUUGCCCUUCGGCGGUGCUCCUGGAGCUUGGUUUGAUGAUCUUGCUCGAGCUCAAAAGAGGCCAGCGCCAGCUCCUCCUGCUAAGCCCGCCGGGCUGUCCGUGCAGUGGAAGGAUCGCUCCAUCGACAGCAACGGGCGCUCGCGCAGCUUGACGUCGAACGCUACGACACGUACUGCCGGUUCCUACAACACGGCUGACGAAGGCGAGACAGACCAGGAGAAUGUGGCUGGUGAUGCUCCCGAGGACAAGUUCACCAGCGCCGACGACUUCUGGGGCGGGUGGGACGACGGCGAGGGAGGCGAGAAGGAGGAGUCGCGUGAAGUUAUCAACAAAGGCGCUGGCGCUGAAGACGACGAAGACGAUGAAGAAGCCUACUGGGCCUCAUACGAUGCCUCUGACCCUCAUGCCGACAGGCUACGACGUGAUGCCGAAGAGGCAGAGCGCCAGAAGAUGGCAGACCUCGACAACGUCUCGCAGAUGGGUUCAGUCAACUUCGAUGGCCUGGAGCGCCGAAUGGACCACAGCGACUUCUACGCUGUCGGUGCUGGAUCUACUUUGGGAGCUGACGAGCCCAUUCAGGAAGAAGCAGACGAUGGUCAAGAGGAACAGUCCCACACCGGCGACGCUCAGAUGGCUUCAGACUCGCCUCGCCGCUCAAUAGAUGAGGUACCUCCUCCGCUCGACUCCGGCUCGCUCCCUUCCGUGGCGUACGAGAGUGUCCAAAAGAUGAUCGACGCUGAGCAACAGCAGCAGCAAGAUACGCAGGACAGCACGCAGGAGCGCAGCGGUGCUCUUUCGCCUCGCUCCGAUGCUACGAGCAUGGGUUUGACCGACGAGGGCGAGCAGAUUACCGCGGACAACACGACCGUGGACAUCGAGGAGCUCGACCGUGGGCGCGAAGCUGCCGGAAAGCCUGAGCCACAAGACGAUGAUCAUCGCGACGAGAUGCAGCAGCAGGAUCAAGAUGUCGAGCCAGCUGAGAAAGAAGUCACCGCUGAGGAGCAAGAGGAGCGCAAGGCUGAAGACGAUGUUGGUGUCGCCGAACCAAUGCGCACGCCUCAAAUUGAGGCACCGCCCUCGCCAACUCGAGAUCCAGCCGCAGCCACUCCCAUGCCACACUCUCCACGCAAAGCCCGCAACAAGAUGAUCGGCAUAGAGCAUCUCGCUGUCGCACAGAGUCGGCAACGCAAGAAGAGCGGCACCAGCCACGGCGAUGUCUACCCGCCCGCACCAAUGAGCGUGUCAGCUCAGAGCGUCUUUGAGACUCCCUCUGAUAUGAGCUUGGCGGAUCUCGAGGCCUUCUACCGUAAUCGCGAUCAUCAGAGGAUGGUAGAAGCUAAGGAAAGGCUCUCGAGGAUGCAUCGCGAGUCGAGGGAGUCGAUGCGUGAUAGUACGGGGCCACCACACAAGCACAGGAGCGAGAGGAGCAAGGCUGGUCGCGAUGAUGCCGACGACGACGACGACGAGGAAGAGCAUGACAGCGACAUCGUCAGCGAGGCAGAGUCGGCUCUCGAGGCAGUCAUGUCUGAGUACGCAAGCGCGCCCAGCCGCCCUGGCACGACUCAAGCACACAGCGAUCUUCACGAAGACGCAGACGAGCAGGAGCAAGAGCAGGAGGAGGGGCAGUCUGAGAAAGACGAUGGUGACGAUGCGGCCGACAAGCAGCGGGCGCGCAGCAGCAGCAAUGUUGCUCAAACGUCCGCCGCUACUCAGUCCGCUGCCACGCGCAGCGAUGCCGAUCCUCUGGAGGCCCUUUCGCAAGCAGACCCCAUGCUGGCCUUCAACGCCGAAGACUCCAAUGUAGGAGAAGAGGAAGGCGAAGAAGACGAAGAGGCCAAGCGCAAGCGGAAUCGUGGUCGCGUGCCUAUGACGCGCGAGGUCAGCAUGGGCACGCUUCGUCGCCUUGCUGAGGAGAAUGAGCUCAAGAGCGAAGAGGCCAAGCGCGCAAGGGGUGAUAUGGAAGAUGCCUCCUCGACUACGACUGGUCUGAGCAAGGCCGGCGGCUUCAAGAACUUCUUACAGCUUGCGCCUUCUACUGUUGCCACCGAUUUGGACUCCGAGGAACCAAUACUCGACGAGGAUUACGCCGAACCCCACGCUCUUCCUGCUGCUAUUGAUGAGGAGGAAGAAGGUGCCCUGAGUGAGGAAGCGGACGAGCGACAUGACCAAGAGCAGGAGAACGAUAUGAGCGAACAGGCGGCCGAGGCCGCUCAAGUGCCUGUGCCUGCAUCCACACUUGGCGAUGUCGACAACCAACGUCUCGCGGCACCCGGCCUCGACGACCGUCAGCCAGGCGAUGACGACGAAGACCACGGGGGUGCCGAAAACGCUGCCAGCGCAGCCCUCUCCGCCUUCGCCGCCGACCCCAACGCCACGCCGCGCCCCCGCGACUCUGGUGGCUGGGGAAAAGAAGCCAAUAAGCGUGAUGAAAACGAGGGGAUUGAUGACCGAGAGCAAGAAGAGGAGGAAGGCGGAGGAAACCAAGACGAAUACGACUUGGACGCCUUCAUGUUCCCCGACCAGCACAAGAAGAAUCGCCUUGACUCGCCCGGGCUCAGCGAUAACGACCCGCUGGCUCGGGAGGCUUUCGGCAUUAUCACUGGUCGUGGUGGUGGCGGCGGCAGCGGCGCAAAGGGCAGACUGAGCCCCUCGAACUUCAGAGUUCCCAACAAUCGUGCCUCCACUUCUGGUGGAGCCGCCCCCAGUGAUAGCUUCUUGCCGGGAGCUGCGAGCGAUGCUAGCGUGCGGCCACUACUGGGCAGCAUCGCGGGUCGUGGCCGCUCAGACGAGUCGGGCAAUACCGGCGUCACUGGGAACACGGGCAUCUCUAGAGCCUUGCAUGCCCGCGGUGUGCUAGAUCCGAGGCGCAUUGUUGAGGAGGGCAAUGAGGAUGAAGGCGAGGGGCAAGAAGAGGAGUCGCAAGGUCAAGAGGAUGGCGCCAACGAGCAGCAGCCGCAAGAGCCUCAAGACGAAGAAGGAGAGCAGAGCUUCGACUCUCAAGCUACACCUCGCGCCCAGCACCAGCCUCCUCGCGUCAACCGCGGCGGCGCCACACGAAGUAGCAAGGCCGGCGAAUCCGGCGCUCGCUCUCCUACCUCGAACAUGGCCACACAAGGCAAUAGCAGCGCCAACGCUACGACGAGCCGCCCCUCUCGCCCUGCGACGUCCCGCAACGCCUCAACAGACCGAGUGUUGGGCGCUGCCUCAACCUCCACCGAUCUUGGCUUGGCAGAGAUAGCCGACGACCGCCAGUCAGAGAAGUACAGCGUAGCGCCCGGUCCGCAUUGGAUUGGAGCAGCACCACCUCCUGGCUCCACGUCGCAGCACACGGCUAAUCUCCGCCACCAGUAUCUAAGGGCACAGAGACAGCAGGCAUUGGAGAGCCAGAGGGAGAGGAUGGGCCAAAAGCCCGGGCGCGCUGCCAGCGGUGAUGACGACGAAGAGGCCCCAUUGGCGAGAGGAGCACAACAGCGCCAGCCCUUCCCUCCUGCUGAUCGCGGCCGAGGUGGGCCUCGCGGACGUGGUGGGCGCGGUCGCGGCGUCAGAGGCCCGCCACUUACGCGUCGCACACCGUCCACGGGCGCUGUCAAACGUGUCAAGGAGAUCAAUGGUAUCCCCGCUUCGGCAGCUGUUGCUGUCGGCCCGACAGACGAGGACGAGGCCGAGGACGAGCAGCAGAGAGAGGAAGAGGAGGAAGAAGAAGAAGAAGAAGACAACGCUGCGAGGGCACUUUACGAUCAGGUGAAGGACUUGGCACGCGAUGGGGAUGGCAUCGAUGAUGAUGAGGAGGAAGAUGAAAAUCGCGAUGGCGAGGACCAGGACGAUAUGGACGAGGAUGGAGACGUAGGUGGGCAAGACGAGCUGGCUGAUCAGGAUCGUGGUCAAGAUCAGCAAGAGGACCAGGGCGACGAACAAGGAGGUGAGAGCGACGAGGGCGAGGAGAAUGAAGACAGCCUCGAUGCCGAGCAGCGCGACAUCAACGGCGACGCCGGCCCACCCUCCCCUGCCCUGCGCCACAAAAGCAGCGCCCACUCCUUCUCCCGCCAUUCUGACCCUCAGGGUCGACCACCUCUGCCCUCACCGGCAGCUCUCGCCCCUCCCUCGCCCGGCACUCCUUCAACCUCCCUCGACCCUUCACGUGCUCCCUUCACUCGACCCAACCUCAACCAACGCCAGCAGCCCGAUCGCCUUCACGCCUCUCAAGCAGCACAACGUCGUCGGCGUGCUCUCAAGGCCUUGCAGCGUCGCAAUGGCCACGUUCAGGCUCUGCUACGCUCGGUCGUUGCCGUAAUCAAUGAUCAGGGGGCGGAGGAUGACCUUGAGGCAGGCGGUAGCGCAGGUGUCCUGCCCAUGCUGGGAGAGAGUGAUUUCUUGCGCCUGGCGAGGGAGGCCUUUAGGGAGUGUGAGAGAAUGAAAGAUGAGCGGAUCGCGAAUGGCGCAGGUGGGAGAGGAGGAGAGGUGGGGUUGAGUGGAAGGGAUGUUAUGGGAGGAAAGGCGAAGGGCGUCGUAAUGGGAGGCCAGGCCGCGAUGGACGAUGAUGGCCAGGAUGAUGAGGAGUAUGAGGUGGAGAUGCCUUUGGCGAUGGGAGAGGAGGAAGACAAUGGUGACGAGUACGAUGAUCAGGAGGAAGGCGAAGGAGAGGGAGACGAAGCUGCUGGUGGCGCUAUGCCUCAGGAGGGCAUCAUGGCUAUAUAGACACGAGACCCCGGAUUUCAGACUCGACUUCUUCGAUACUUGUCACAGUGAAUGCGAUUCCGCUCGAGCGCUCCUCGCCGCUAAGCGCCCGCCUUGCUCGCCCCCUCUCUAAGCAGCUUCGUCCAGUCAAAGGUCUCCCAGCCCUGCCUGAAAGCUGCGGCCACCCUCCUUUUCUCUUCCUCUGCCAACCUCCUGGGCUUUCUCCACAUCUGGGGCUCCAAGUCCAACAGAUUGCCCACAACUUCCGCUCCAAACCACUUCUCGAACUUCCCUCCCC